UAAAUUCAGACAUACUCUGCAUACAGUAUUUCUCCUGCUGCGCCGCAGAGAGAUAUGGGCCAACAUCGUUAGUUAGCGGUCAGCUCCGGAGCGAGAAGGAAUGCUUUAGUGUCUACGGACACUUUCCGCGCAGUUGUCACUGUGUCCUCCGCACGUCAGCUGGCUGCAGUCCGUCUCUACAUCAGGAGGGGUGUAGCCGAGCUGAUCUCCACUGAGCCAUGCGACAGUGGUGUGUCCCCGCUGCCACUCCACGCACCGAGCCACUCCCCUCAGGUCGCCUGUCUGUGUCCCCCCCUCUAUCAGAUGCCAGAAUGGAGUGCUGUGAGGUGGAGCCACGGUACACCAUCGAGCAGAUUGACCUCCUGCAGCGCUUACGUCUCUCAGGCAUGACCAAACCUCAGAUUAUCCACGCCCUGGAAUCCCUGGAGAGACUUGACCCGGACCACCGCCCCUCACACUGUGAUUCUCAUCCCACUCCGUCUAACAACACUCCGACCACAGUCGCUCCAGCUCCAUCCUCCUCGUCUUCUUCCUCCUCAUCCUCACUGUCCCUCGCCUCUGCCACCACACAGACGUCUGGCCUGGACGGUGCCGCGCUGUCCCCCAGUAACAGCUACGAGGCCUCACCUCCACCGCUCUUCCCUCCAAGCGUGGCGGUUCAGCGGUCGUUCAGCUAUGACAUGAUGGGAGAAGAAGAGUGGGACCUGGAGGAGAAGGUGGAGGAGUACAUGAGGAGAGACAGCAACCUUGUGAAAGAAGAAAUCAAAACCUUCCUGAAUAAUCGCAGGAUCUCUCAGGCAAUCGUGGGUCAAGUUACAGGCAUCAGUCAGAGUUACAUCUCCCAGUGGUUGCUGCAGCAGGGCCUGGAGAUGAGCGACUCCAAGCGCAGAGCUUUCUACCGCUGGUACCUGCUGGAGAGGAACAACCCAGGGCUGAGGUGGAGUGAAAGCCAGCACAGCGUGAGUCCCUUGCCCAGGGCCAGGGGAGGGGACAGAGACGGGACAGUAGCAGGGGCAAGUGCCAGCAUUACCAACAGUCUCCCCAACCCCAAUACCAGCCUUCACCCCAACCCAGUGUGGAGCAGGCAGAGAGAGCUGCUGAUGCAUUUGCUGCCAUGGUACACUGCUGCCGCUGCAGCCGCCCAAGCCCAACCAGGUGCCACCUUAUCUAUGCGUUCUUUGGUGAAGGAGGAGCCUGACUGGAGGACGGGGAUCAUAACUGGUGACAGAGUGGGGAUGAUGGGCGGGCCUCUGAGGCUUCGUCGAGGUAGCAGGUUCACCUGGAGGAAGGAGUGUCAGUCGAUUAUGGAGAGUUUCUUCAUGGAGAACCAGUACCCGGAUGAAGCAAAGCGAGAAGAGAUUGCCAAUGCUUGCAACUCUGUCAUCCAAAAGCCAGGUUGCAAGUUGUCAGAGUUUGAGCGUGUGACAGCGUUAAAGGUGUAUAAUUGGUUUGCUAAUCGUCGGAAGGAGAUGAAGAGAAGAGCCAAUAUAGAAGCUGCCAUUUUGGAAAGCCAUGGAAUUGAGGUGCCAAGUCCGAGCUGCCACUCAAACGGUGAAGAGGGAGAGAUGCAGGAGUUUAAUGAGCAGAUGAGUCAUCGUUACUCUGAGCAGGAGGAGACGUCUUCCCAGAGGACUGUUGACCAACAAGACACCUCUACGCUGGUUGUUGCACCAGUCACAGUCCACUCGAGCCUCAGCCCCCACGUCCUGGUGCAGAAAGAUGAGGAUACCAAAAGGGAGACCGCGGAUGAAGAGUGAACAAAGCCUACCCUAGGACUUUUAAAGAAAUGAAUUUGGGGAAAAUAGUGUCUCCUUCAAUCAUCUAGGGUCUUCUGGAUCAAUGGGAGCAAGCUGCUGAAGCUCGCUGAGGUGCCUCUUAUAGAAGGAGGCCACACUGUAUUUAUCAACAGUAAUCCUGCUUAUAUUAAUGGCAAUAUUCAAUUUAUAUAUAGUAUAUAUAUAUCUCAAUAUUUACUGCAUUCCAAGAUGCUAUUAAAAAUUCCUUAGAGGGAAAGUAUGUAAAGGAUACCUCACAGAUUUAAAGCUAAGACAAUUUUCUUUUUUUUUUAUCUGCAUAUCUUCAGGCGUCAUUGUCAGAGCGCGGUGGAUUUAUGGACUGUGCCGAGCCUGCAGGUCAGGUGUGUUUUUAGUGUGGGGCCAUAAUACAGGAUCAAGGAUCCACUUUGCAGUCAAAGGAAUUCUGUUAGCGUGAAUGGGUUUCUAAGACGAAAAAAAAAAAACCUCAGUCAGUCAGUUGAUUAAAUCAGCUGAUUGGCCUCACGUCCGUAGAGCCCGAGGGACAACUGGCAUCUCAGGUAAUCCUCGAAACGGGCUACAGACGGUCAAGACUCACACCACAUAUUUGUGUUGCACCAGGUGCUUUUUUUAAAUUAUUAUUCUAAAUAACACCAUUUUAAAUGCUUAGCCAAAACAAGAUGUUAUUUAUACCUUCUUAUAUUAUCAGAACAAUUCUACGUAUUAUUGGGUCUCUUUAUCUUUGUUCAAUGCUGCUGUCUGAUAGUUUACCCACAUUCAGUGUUUUGCGUUCAGUGAAGCUAAUUAAUCAAGUGUACUCAGAUUUUUUUUUUUUUUUAUCAUUUCAAAGAACACUAAAAGAAAUGUGAUCGUAAAUUUUAUGGCAUUGACCUACUUGCACCUUCCCUCAUAUUGGAAUAAGCUGACAUCUUAAAAAUGGCCGAUUUAGGGCCAUUUGAAUAUAGCCUUCAUAACCUUUAUUAGCGUUACAACAGUGAAUUGACGCUGCCGUAUUGCGCCACCGUGUUCAUACAGUAGCCCUAAAGGGACACACACAGUCUUGUACAUUUUGCAGCGCAGUUGGAAAACUGAAGAAAAUAAAUUCCCUGAUGGAAUCAGUGGUUGCUCCUCCGAUACACUGUCAGCUGCUUGCCAGUUUGAGAAGCCUUGUUUUUGUAAAAAAAAAAAUAAAAAAAAAGCAAGAAUAUGAAGUGAAACAAAAUUAUGACUGGCAGUGGGAAAAAUUGCAAUCUGCAAUCUCACCAGUAGAUGUCACUAAAUCCUACAAAUUGUUGCUUUAAGUCCUUGGAAGUUUAACAGCGAAGCUGCACUUCAGAGUGGAUCUUAGUAGAAAAUCUGAGUCUGGAGUUGCGCAGAACCCAGGACCGGACUCUUUCACAUGUCUUCAGAAUACAUUCUAUAAAUGUAUAUACGGCUAUUUGUCAAACUUGAAAUCAGAGUACCUUAGACUCUAACGUGUAUUCCCUUAUAUCCACUGGCCCAAGGCCUCGGGAGAGACUCCCAAAAUGUUCAUAAAAUGAACAAAUGCUUUUUAUUAUUAUUUUCUUUGCCCCCAGCAGGGGGCGACCAUGUUACCUCCUAAUGCCAAAGCUAUGCCAAGAUCAAGGCGAGCCUCAGCGUAAACUGUACAGGAACAUUGACACGCUAACAAAACUACACAUACACAUAUAUACACAGGACAAAGCAUUUAUUUGUUUAGUACAACACUAGCCAACUCUAGCUUACCUCAGAAUAAUCGUGUCACAAGCACGUCACAGGCUAAUUGCCGACACGGACAGCGGCCGUUCUUGUGACUGUUUAUGAUACAGACAGUGUUAUGUAGCAUUUAUGACUGUGGGGUUUACCCUGUAGUAUUAUUAUUAUUAUUAUUAUUAUGGUCAAAUCACUUCAGGCAGUUCUAUUCGGCUUUGGACACAAAACCCCAAAGCUACUGUUCGGAUUAUUAAGCUCCUCUAUCUGCUUUUCAACUAAAUAAUAAUAAAAUUGUAAACAACAA